AUGUCGCGCUCGACAUUCAUCGCCGCCCGCAACUCGCGGCACCGCACUGCAGCUCUUGCAUUGUAUCGUGCUCUUCUACGGACCGCGAGUCGCAUCCCCGUGGCGCAAGAUGUAGCGCAGAAGCCGAUUACGCAGAUUGUGAGGAGGCGGUUUGAGAAGAAUGCGGGGUACACGAGCUUCAGACUUGUGUAUGCGGCCAUGGCGGCGGGAUACAAGUUCUUGAAUCUCCUGACAAAAGCCCAAACACCUAAUUCUUCCGAACACACCCAAAUCAUGCAACAUCUCCAAUCCGUCCGCGAUACAGCCGCCGCCUCCCGCGCAAUCCCUCAUCCUCAACGGUACAAGCCCGUGCUCCCCCCCGAGCCACUCCUCAUCAACACCGCCAAACCCUACGCUCCCCCGAAAUACACUUCCAACAUCCUUCCCCGGCCAAAGGACUUGCUCGCAGGGCCCAGAAAAGUCCCCUCUGUGAGCGCCACUGCAGACGGCCAGCCGUUUGUGCGCUUGAAGAAGCCGCAGCCGCACGUCAUGUCUAGGAUGAUUGGGCGCAAGAAUCGGAUUUUUGAGAGCCGGAUUUUGAAUAUUUUGGAUGUUGAUGAGAGGGUUGUUCCGGAGGCUGCGUUGGAGGAUGACUGGGAUCGCAUGAUGGACGAGUUACUAGCGGAAGAAAGAUCGAAGGGGGGGAGAAAGCAGCAAGACACAAAUCAGUCCGUUGGGGCGGAGGGCAAUUCCAAGAUGGAGACGUAUAGCUGGAGCGUGCAGCUCUCCCGACUCUGGUGGGAACUGAAAAUCGAAAAGACGUGGGAAGACUGGAUAGCCAGGGGAGAAGCCCUCCACCACCUCGUCGAGCAAGAGAGGACCCUGGCCGAGCAAGAACAGGGCGGCAGAAGCGAUGCUGCGAGGAGAAGCAACCGUCGGGCUGCUGCGUCGUCGCGGCGAAAUGCGCUGGAUUACGAUGAUUCGCCGCCUAAUGUUGGAGUUAGUCCUGUUCCUUCGCUGCCUCUGUUGGAGGCGAUCCGGAGCAGUGUGCCUCGGGAUGAGGAAUUGGCAGAGGGCGAGGCAUCGCAGGAUCCGUUCUUGUCGCCGGCUUGGGCUGCGUUGGUCAAGUCUCAGGAGGGGAGGAUGUUGAAGUGGGCGGGGAAGCGUGUUGUUGGCCAGCGAGGCGACUAACAUGACAAAAGAUGGCCGCCGUUUUUCUUGUCUAUCAUGACAUAGAAAAGAGAGCUCUUGCAUAAAUGAUGAGAUAUGAUUGUAACAUCAUGGUUGUACAAUAUCUAUGUACUAUAUACUAUAUACCACUGGGAGCCGGAUUGAACCGUGCUGGGCGUUUUGGAGAGUUUAAAAAAAAGAGAAGAGCUAUAGACGACGAAUAUGUAUUCGUAUUUAGUACAUAUAGAGGGUAUUGUGAUGAC